ACGUUCUCAAUCUGUCAGUCUUGUAGGAGGAGCUGCUGAGCUCGGCUCCUCAUAGGUCCGCAGCUCGCACAUAAAAAGCGACACUCCGCAGCUCGAGCUCACAUUCAUCUUUGUGUUUCCACAGAAGAAGAAAACAACAAAAUGAGCGGCAGAGGAAAAGGAGGCAAAGGACUCGGUAAAGGAGGCGCCAAGCGUCACCGUAAAGUUCUCCGUGAUAACAUCCAGGGAAUCACCAAGCCCGCUAUCCGCCGUCUGGCUCGCCGCGGGGGAGUCAAGCGGAUCUCCGGUCUCAUCUACGAGGAGACCCGCGGUGUGCUCAAGGUCUUCCUGGAGAACGUCAUCCGUGACGCCGUCACCUACACCGAGCACGCCAAGAGGAAGACCGUCACCGCCAUGGACGUGGUGUACGCUCUCAAGAGGCAGGGCCGCACUCUGUACGGCUUCGGAGGUUAAACCGACAACUCUGUCUGCUCACUAAAACAAAAGGCCCUUUUCAGGGCCA